AUGUUCCGUGUUUGCUUCAAUUUCAAUAGGCCAAGGCACAUACAUGACAGAACAACGUCCUUUUCGAGAAUCAGCCUAAUCCUCCACUCAAAAAUCUCAAACUCACUCUCAUGGAAGAAGACAACAACUCUAAUCCGAUCGAUCCAAAAACCGGGUUCAACUCCAUAUCCAAAACCUUCCACAGUCUACGGCCCCCACUCAACCUUCCUCCACCAUACGCCUCCAUCUCCGCCGCAACCUACAUUCUCUCCCUCCGCCACAAAUCACCUUCCUCCGACUCCCUCACUUUCCUCAUCGACUCAACCACAUCUCACCAAAUCUCUCACUCCAUCUUCAUCCAACGCUCACAAACCCUCGCCACCAACCUCACCACCCUCCACGGACUCACCAAAAACCACACCGCAUUGGUACUUUCCCCAAACAUCAUCCAGGUGCCAAUCCUCUACUUCGCACUACUCUCCAUUGGCGUGGUCCUUUCACCCGUUAACCCAGCUUCCUCUCCCUCCGAGAUUUCUCACCUCAUUAGCCUCUCGAAACCGAUCAUCGCUUUCACGACGUCGUUUUUGUUUCACAAACUUCCAAAACUCUCACUCGGAACGAUUCUCAUUGACUCGCCCGAGUUCGACGCACUCACCACUGAAGAUAAUAGUUCACCGGUAUCGGUAUCGAUACCGAUACCGCCGGUUGUUAAUCAAUCGGACGUGGCUGCGAUUCUGUACUCCUCGGGGACCACGGGGAAAUCGAAAGGCGUAAUGCUGACUCACCGGAACAUUAUGGCGUCGGUGGCGUCGUACAAUGCCGUUAGGAUUCCGACGGAGAGUCCUGCCGUGUGUUUGGCUGUGGUGCCUUAUUUUCACGUGUAUGGUUUUACCUACCUUUUCAAGUCGGUGGCUAUGAUGGAAACGUUGGUUGUGAUGGAGAGGUUUGGAUUGGAGAAAAUGCUGGGUGCUUUCCAGAGGUUUCGAGUCACUAAUCUUGCGGCGGCGCCGCCAGUAGUGGUGGCGAUGAAUAAAGAGAGAGCGACGGAGGGGUAUGAUUUGUCGUCAUUGAAAUGGCUGGCUUGUGGUGGUGCUCCGUUGGGAAAGGACAACUUGGAUGCUUUCAAAGCAAAGUUCCCUCAAGUAUCCAUUCUCCAGGGAUAUGGGUUAACUGAAUCAACCGCAGGUGUUAUCCGAAUAGUAGGUUCAGAUGAGGCUAGACGAGCAGGUACUACAGGUAGGCUGGGAUCAGGGAUGGAAGCUAAAAUAGUGAACCCCAACACAGGAGAGUCCAUGUCUCCUGGUGAAGAAGGAGAACUUUGGGUUAGAGGACCUCAAAUAAUGAAAGGUUAUGUUGAUGACCCAGUGGCAACUGCUGUUACUUUUGUGGAUGGAUGGUUGAGAACUGGCGAUAUUUGCUAUUUUGACAACGAAGGUUUCGUCUAUGUUGUAGACAGGUUGAAAGAAUUGAUCAAAUAUAAAGGUUACCAGGUGGCUCCUGCGGAGCUGGAACAAUUACUCCAGUCUCACCAAGAGAUAAAAGAUGCUGCAGUUGUUCCAUACCCUGAUGAAGAUGCUGGCCAGGUUCCCCUGGCGAUUGUGGUAAGGCAACCUCAAAGCUGCAUGGGUGAAGCAGAAAUAAUAGAUUUUGUAGCCAAACAGGUUGCACCAUACAAGAAGAUAAGGCGUGUGGUAUUUGUCCAUUCCAUACCUAAGAAUGCAUCAGGAAAGAUACUGAGGAAGGAAUUGUUGAAUAAAAUUCUCGCUCAACGAACAUUUCCUAGGUUAUAAUAAUGCCUUUCACGGAAAAAUGCCCGUGUUAGAAUCUGACAAAAAACAGACGACAACGAUGAUAAUGAUGAUGGGAUGACUAUAAUGCUCUUAAGUAGAAGAAGCUUUUUCAGUGGAGCUUGCAGAAUAACCACCAAUCAAGUUAGGGUUGAUACUAUUAAACUAUCUAUGAAUGAGAGAAAUAAAAACCACCAAUCAAGUUAGGAUUGAUACCAUCAAUAAUGAGAAUUAAACUCAGGAACCCUAGAACCAAUAAUGAUACCACCAAUCAAGAACCAGCUGCAAAAGCUAGGAAUAAAAGGAGAAAGGAACUCUAGAAACGAAGUAUAGCUAGGAAACUUCCUCAAUAAUUGGAAGGAACCAGAGGAGAAUAACAUUUUGGAGAAAAAAAAAUCAAUUUAGUUGGCUAUUGUUUGUAACAACUGCAAAAUUAAAAGGAGGGAUAAUGAAUUGAAUAUUGACAGGCAAGAUCAAACAAGUAUUUGUACAAGCCUGUACUAGUUUAAUAUUGGUGCAAAAACUGAUAACAUUGUUGGUGUAUAAUUACUGUUACUAAAUUAUUAGUAACAAUUUUUUCUCAGUAAUUUAUUGU